CCAUAUCCAGCCAGCUCCAGCACAGUUCCCGCUCGUCUUCGUCUCUGUCUUCUUUUCGCACUUCGUGGUUGUCUUGUUCUCGUUGCUCCGGUCUAUUAUGAAUCUUGAGACGAAGGACUGUUUUGAACUGUAGUAGCCCAAGCAUUCUAGAGUGAUACGCACCCGGUUGUUUUCCUGUCAAAACACCCUCCUUCGUCCAUUGUUUUGGUGGUUAAUCCGGCUCUUCCUGCUUGCUCCACCUCAUCACGCAAGCUGUACGAUCUCCUUCCCUUCUUCUUGAUUCUUUUUGAAUGCACACAUCUAUUAUCUAGUUGCUGACAGCAACAGGGCUAUUGCAUCCCGCGGUCCGGGCCAGAUUGUACAAACGAGAAAAAAACCCGCCACGCGACUGACUAUAUACUGUUCCUAAUUGCAAUUUCCACACCACACGUCUUCUUCCUACACACAACCGUCUUUCACCAUGGGUGCCUACAAGUCCUCUCGCGCACGGAAUCGCCCGCUUACAAUAAUCUCGAUCGUCGGGGCCGCGAUCUUCUUCCUAGUCUACCUGCUCUCGUCAUCACCCUCGACCGCCAAAGUGACCAAACGUCCCGACGCCUCCGUCGGCGGCGCAAAGUCAAUCAUCCGGCACCAGCUGAACGGGCUGUCUGCGUCCUGGAACUCGUUUGAGAACAAAGAGCGCGUGCUGAUUCUCACGCCGAUCGCGCGGUUCUACGAGGAGUACUGGAAUAACCUCUGCAACCUAAACUACCCGCACGAACUCAUCGAGAUCGGCUUCAUCCUCCCGCGCGGCCGCGAGGCGAACCAGGCGUUGCUGCGGAUUGAGUCUGCGGUGAAAGCGCUACAGACUGGACCGAAGAAGAACCGGUUCGGCAAGGUGACGAUUCUGCGGCAGGAUUUCGAGAGUCCGUUUUCGCAGAGCGAGAAGGACCGGCACGCGCUGAGCGGGCAGAAGGAGCGGCGGGCGGCGAUGGCGCGCGCGCGCAACUCGCUGUUUACGACGACGAUCCAUCCGCAGAUUAGCUGGGUGCUCUGGCUGGACGCGGAUAUUGUCGAGACGCCGGCGACGUUGAUCCAGGAUCUGGCGGCGCACGAUAAGUCGAUCAUUGUCGCGAACUGCUAUCAGCGGUACGUCGAGCAUGGCGAGAGCAAGAUCCGGGCGUAUGAUUUCAAUAGUUGGCAGGAUAGCGAUACGGCUGCGCAGAUGGCGAACGAAAUGGGCGAGGACGAUGUGAUCUUUGAGGGCUACGCGGAGAUGGCGACAUAUCGCACAUUAAUGGCAUACCUGUACGUCCCCGGCAACGACGUCCACGAAGAAGUCCCCCUAGACGGUGUCGGAGCCACUGCUCUGCUAGUUAAAGCAGACGUCCAUCGCGACGGCGCAAUGUUCCCGCCGUUCCCGUUCUACCAUUUACUAGAAUCCGAGGGCUUCACCAAGAUGGCGAAAAGACUGGGUUACGACGCGUUCGGGUUGCCGAAUUAUUUGGUUUAUCAUUAUAACGAGUAGUUUUUCUUCUUCUUUCUGACGGGAGAGUGAGCCAAACACGCGUGUCUCUCCGUCUUUUCCGCGUGUCUCGUAUUUUCGUGAUGGUCCGCUCCAUCAUUCCUUCCAUAUCUGCAUCUUGUGUCGUUCAUCAUUCACCCCCUCCUCCUCCUCCUCCUCCUCCUCCUCCUCUCUCCCUCUCCCUCAUCACAGCUUCUUCUCUUUUCCUUCUUUCAUACGCUAAUUCCCCACUUUAAUCUCUUCUCCCUCUUUUUUUUGGCUCGUAUGUGUGUUUCUUUCUUAUCGUGACUUGAUUGUGUCUUGCGGUGAAUUGGGCUUGGUAUUGUCUUGUCUUGUCUUAUCUUGUCUUGUUUGUAUCUGUUUCUGUUCGUAUCAAAAGAGACCUUAUAGAAAUCUCGGAGUCUUCUUUCUUUUCUCUAUGUUUGUAGAUAUCAUCAAUCUCACUCCUUAAACACACUACA